AUGGGUCUCGACAUAGAUGGCGAUUUUAUUACCGCUGCGGCUCCGUUACUGAGCGCAAUGGCCGGAUUUCAAAAGCCAAAAUUACAUGACAUCGAAGGUCGUAGAAAGAUGCUCUCUAAUGCAAGUAUGUCGUCGAAUCAAAAGGAAAUUGAAGGUGUGAAGUUGGAAAAGCAUUCUAUUUCAGCCUCGGAUGGUCAUCAGCUUUGGAUAUACCAUUAUAAGAGAGAAGACACUAUGAACCAACUUUCUCCUCAACCAGCAAUCGUCCAUCUCCACGGAGGCGGCCUCAUCGCAUUGAGUGCAGCUGAUUUGGUCCCUACAAUGUCCGAAUAUGUCCUCGCCACUGGGGUACAAGUGUUCUCUAUCGACUACCGGCUUGCGCCAGAACACCCGUAUCCGACUCCUCUAGAAGAUUGUUGGUCUGGCUUGAAAUGGGUUUUCUCAAAGGCAUCCGACUUUCGCCUCGACAAUACCUCCAUCGCCGUCAUGGGUGAAAGUGCUGGUGGAAAUCUUGCAGCUGCACUUGCGCUGUUAGCUCGUGAUCGAGAAUUAUCUCCACCAAUAGCAAAGCAGAUCUUAAUUUACCCUAUGCUCGAUGACCGAAAUUCGUCCAAAGCUAUCGGGCCAGUAUGUAUGUGGGAUGAAGUCGACAACGUCACGGGCUGGACAGCAUAUCUAGGUCACGAACCUGGGCGGCUAGGAGUGCCAAUGUUUGCAGCACCUGCUCGUGUGGAGAGUGUUGAAGGUUUACCCCCCCUAUAUCUAGAUGUCGGUCAGCUCGAUCUGUACAUGCUUGAGAAUCUCGAAUACGCUGGAAGAUUUGUCUACGCUGGUAUCGAAACUGAGCUGCAUAUCUAUCCAGGUUUACCACACGCAUUUGAAGCGCUUGCGCCUAGUCACUACAUAACAAAAAUGGCAAAGGAGAACAGGUAUAGGGCCAUUCGCCAACUCAAACGCGAUUCCAUGUGA